GUCACCAUGUCUCACCGGGGUUAUAAUCAGCUUCUCACGUAGACAAGUCCACAGGGACCUGAUAAUUUGUUACAGCUAUGUUUUUACCUAAACUAAUGUUUUUAGGGUAAUUUUAUACGUUUUCGUGGUUUAUAUUAACUUUCGGUAAAUACAUGAUCAGUGGGGAUGGUAUUUUUACCGAAAGUUGAUCUACCCUCUUAAACGUAAACAAUUACUCUGAACACCUUAGUUGAUGUCCAAACAUAGCUGUAACAAAUUUUCAGGUCCCUGUGGACAGAUGUACAUCGCCAUCUAUAGAACUGGUAAAGCAAUCUAUCGCGGCGGAACUAGUGUUAUUUUCAUCCUGUGCUGAGACCAGCCACUAUGAAACAUGCAUUUAAGCCAGAUGCGGAUUGGGUAUACCUUUAUAUGUGCUAUAUCCCUGACAAGUGUCUGUCUGGGACUUCUGUAUCAGAUAUUGAUAACAAGACCAAUUCUGAAUGGUGAUAAAAGUCACUUAAUAUUACCAUCCACAAGCAGACCUAAAUCAAACCGACCUGUGUUUUCCUAUAGACGAACACGGGUAGACAUCAACUGUAGUGCACUAUUUGACGGGGUGGAAUCGGAGCUGUUAUUAGGCGACUCGCGGUGGAAUAUUACCAGUAAACAAUACGUGUCUGAUGACGUAUACAUAGAGGAAACUGUGGAUUGUGAUUCAUUCAUAGUGUCACGUGAUUACAUAACUAGUCCCUUAACAGAGGAAGAGGAACUUUUUUCUAUAGCGUAUUCACUUGUUGUUUACAAAGAUGCAAACCAAGUUGAAAGAUUACUACGCACGUUAUAUCGCCCACAGAACUAUUACUGUAUACACAUGGACGUAAAGUCGUCACCUGUCUUCCGGCGGGCCAUUUCCGGUGUAGCAAAGUGUUUUCCUAAUGUAUUUAUAUCAUCACAGUCGGUUUCUGUCAAAAGAAAGUCAUAUACAGUACUUCAACCCGACUUAAUAUGCAUGGAAUAUCUGUGGAAAUAUAGGAAAUGGAAAUAUCUAAUCAACGUCGCCGGUAACGAGUUCCCUCUUCGAACGAAUCUGGAAAUCGUCCAAAUACUGAAGACUUUAAAUGGAUCUAAUCACAUUCAAGGAAUAAUAAAAGCGGCAAACACAAACAGAUGGACGGGAGUUGGGGCGGCCCCUCACAACAUCCGUCCAGUAAAGGGAUCUAUGCACAUAGUAGCAUCGCGAGGAUUCGUGGACUACAUCCUACAUGACCCGGUAGCUCACGAUUUCAUGAAUUGGACACGACACACGGACUACCCUGAGGAAACGUUCUUCCCUUCUCUGAACUACAACCCCCAUCUGAAUGUCCCUGGUGGUUUUAAAGGGAAUCUAGAAGAGAAUGAACAACACCUGAGAUUUUUCGGACGUUUUGUAAACUGGGUUAACUGGAUUCACAAUACCGAUAAAUACAAGGCGGACUAUGCUUGUUAUGGUAAGAUCGUACACGGUAUAUGUAUAUUCGGAGUACGAGACCUUCCCUUAAUCAUCACUCGUCCGGAACUGUUCGUCAACAAAUUCUACAGAUACUAUCAGCCCUAUGUGAUGGACUGUUUGGAGGAACUCUUGUUUAACCGAUCAAGAGAGGACUAUUUUGAUAAACGGACGGUUAACACAGAUGUGUAUGCCAAACAGUACGGAUGGACAGGGCAAUAAUAAUUCACACGAAGUCACAUAUCCAAGUCUUACUUUCUUUCUUUUUAUUGGUUAUUUCCUCAACAGGAUACAACUGUCUUUUUCUUUCAUACUAGACCCGAGAUAUCCCUCGGGAUAAAAUAUUGAGCAAAAGACCCUCGGCAAAGCCCCGAGUCUCCUGUUCAAUCCUUGUCUCACCCUAGGGUUGAGACGAGGGGAUUCCCCUAUUUAUAACAAUGGUAUGACGUCACUUCAACAAUAUAAUCACGUCACGUCAUGUGUCCUGGAAUAUGUUUUAAAAUCAAGAAGGUUUUAACUGGUUACUAUACAUAUGUGUUUACAUUUGCUCUGAAUUGACAUUGUAUCACCUUACCAAACAAAAUCGAAAGAUAUCAGAUCACAAUUCUCACAUAAUUCCCAUUGGUGUAGUGAAAUGAACAACAUGUUCGUGACGUCAUGACUAAAUGACGUCGUUCAAUUAAGCGUAUCACGAAGAAAUUGUCGCAAUACGCAUUCCUCGUGGUAACUCAUCCUUCCAGAGAAAUUUCAGGCAAUAUGUUUUGUCAAAAAGAAUAGUAACACUAUCAAAUCUUUUAAUAUUGAAAGCCUUGAGAUUAUUUGUGAAGGAAGUGUGAAACUUUCAGGUGUGGAUAUUGACUUUCUUCUUAAAUUUGAUGUACAUAUAUCUCGCCUUUGCAGAAAUGCUGCUAAACAACUUGCUGUUUUAAAAAGACUGGGAAACAAUCUUACAAAGAAAGGAAAUAUUACAAUUUUGAAGUCUUUUAUUCUAUCAAAUUUUAACUAUUGUCCACUUUCCUGGCACUUUUGACAAAUACUCGAAAAAUGGAAAAAGUUCAGGAACGAGCACUUCGUUUUAUUGAAAAUGAUUAUGUUUCCCCAGUCAUUGAUAUUCUUAGAAAACGCAAACUUGAUUUUUUACAUGUAAAACGUAUGAAAGAUAUGGCCUCUGAGGUUUUUAAAAUUUUAAGAAAGUAUCUUAGCGAAUGCUUUCUCUGCCUAUAAGUUGGCGAACCACAAAAUGGCGUCACUACGGUAUGAAUGAAAAUGCUAGGAGUCGCUGCCAAAGACAUUUGCAUAUGAAUGAAAUGUGAAUGAAUGAAAUCCAUAUAAGGAGAUAUCAGCUACCAUAUAAGGACAGAAAGUCCAUAUAUAGUCAUAGAUGGCGUGGGUGUAGAAUAUGUAGUUCCACGUUAAGCAACUUUCGUAGUAUAAGCGAUCCCCUAGACACUUGCGUUACCGAACUCAUGUGUCAAAAAUGGUAAUCAUUGUGUAUGCUAUUUCUCAAUUUAUGUAAAAUUUAUUGUGGAGAGGGCCUUUGUAAUGUUCAUAUAACUUAUGCAAUAUAAUAUGUUUAAAUCAAAUGUGCCACACAUAAGUUAAUCCACAUUCGUCAAGAACAUUCUUUACAAACAUAAUCCACGAAGCGUCACGUUUGGUUUAUCAGUAUUAAACAUAUAACUAACUAUUUUCACUUAGUGAAUAUUGACUUAAACUUUUAUCGUCGUGUGUUUGUUUUGUUUGGAGUUUAACGCGUCCUUGCACCAGCCAUGGUCUUGGGGACGGAGUGGCUUUAGGGAGACACCACCGGAAAGGGGAAGUAGAAAGAAAGAAUUAAUGUGAAAGUAGACAGGAAACGAAAAAGAUCACAAGUGUUCCAAUGGGACAACAGAUCAAUUUGGGUCUCUUACAUGUCCUCUUUGAGGAGGAAGAAAAUGGCCCUUCGGUGUAUCUGUACAUAGAUAUACGUAGUUGUGUUUGUAGACUGUUGCGGCUGAUUCUAUUAUCAUGGACGUCGACGCUCCCUAUGUAUACGCUCACUAGGCUUACAGCCACACCUUUGACUGCUUACAAUAAACAUAUUGACUUUCAUGUAGAAGGUGCCAUGUUUUGUGCUGUUUUGACUGAAAGGUCACUA